CGGAAGUAAAUGUUGCUCAGUGUUCCGAUGGGUAAACAAAAGGAGUGAAAUACUGUAGUCAUAACAGCACAUAUAUUAUAACAUCUGAUGAGUUGAUUGUGCUUUAUAUGUUUUGAAUGACUGUCGUGAUAUACCUUCCGUUUGGAGUUUGAUUGGGUAAACCAGUAAUGGACAGCGAGGCAUCAGACUUUGAGCGACGUCGCAGACCAGAGAUGUGUCUGGACCAGAGAAAUGCACCUGUGUAUUGUCUUUGUCGCAAACCGGACAUCAACUGCUUCAUGAUUGGUUGUGACAGUUGCAGUGAGUGGUUUCACGGAGACUGUAUUAAUAUAUCCGAGAAGACUGCCAAAACCAUCCGCGUAUGGUACUGUGAAAAGUGUCGAAGUAAAGAUGGAUCCUUAGAGAUUAAAUAUCGUCCCAAGAAGAGUCGUGGAAAAGAGAUGGAGCCGGACAGAACAGAAAAAGAGCCUGACACGCCGGAUUUCAAGAUGGAUGGACGGCGCGGGGCACGGAUCAAGCGUUCCGCUCGCAUGUGUGGAGAAUGCGAAGCCUGUAUGCGCACAGAAGACUGUGGACAGUGUGACUUCUGUAAAGACAUGAAGAAGUUCGGCGGCCCGAAUAAGAUCAGACAGAAGUGUCGACUGAGGCAGUGUGAAGUGCGGGCGAGGAAAAUGUUGCGAGUGAAGGAUGAGGAAUACUCCAUGUCUAAAGGCAGCGACCACCACUUUCAAGAUGGCCUGCUGUCUGAAGAUUACAGUGAUAAUGAGAUGGAGUUGUAUCAGCAGUACUGCGCCGGGCAGUAUGGAGACCACAGCACGGGUUGGAACAGUGAUGACGACGAUGGUUCAUACGGUGAUUCAACUAUUAGAAAGAGAGCUGUCAAGGUCAAGCAUGUGAAAAGAAGAGAGAAGCGAUCUGAAAAAAUGAAAGAAGAGAAUAAGCCUCGGAAGCACAAGCCAAAACAGAAGCACCGGGACAAGGUGAGACACAGCGAGAGGGCAGAGGUUCGAGACAGUGGAGGAGCCAGACAGUGCCUCGGACCUGGAUGUGUUGAAGCUGCACGUGCCAACUCCAAAUACUGCUCUGAUGACUGCGGCAUGAAGCUCGCAGCCAAUCGACUCUAUGAGAUCCUGCCCCAGCGUAUUCAGCAGUGGCAGCAGAGCCCAUGUAUCGCCGAGGAACAGGGUAAGAAACUUCUAGAGCGCAUUCGCCGUGAGCAGCAGUCGGCUCGAAUGCGACUCACUGAAAUGGAGAAACGAUUCCAUGAGCUGGAGGGCAUCAUCGCUAAAGCCAAACAACAGGUUGUGCAGCAUGAUGAAGAGGUGAAUGAGGGAGACGACGACACAGAUCUCCAAAUCUUCUGUGUGUCCUGCAGUCACCCGGUUAACCCCAAGGUAGCACUCCGUCACAUGGAAAGGUGCUACGCCAAGUAUGAGAGUCAGACAUCAUUUGGCUCCAUGUAUCCCACACGCAUAGAGGGUGCUACACGACUCUUCUGCGAUGUUUACAAUCCACAAAGCAAAACCUACUGUAAGAGGCUGCAGGUUCUGUGUCCAGAGCACUCCAGAGACCCAAAGGUCCCUGCAGAUGAGGUGUGUGGAUGUCCACUGGUCCGUGAUGUAUUUGAGCCUACCGGAGAGUACUGUAGGGUGUCCAAACGCAAAUGUAACAAGCAUUACUGCUGGGAGAAACUCCGAAGGGCUGAAGUGGACCUUGAACGAGUCAGAGUGUGGUACAAGUUGGAUGAAUUGUUUGAGCAGGAGCGCAAUGUAAGAACCGCCAUGACAAAUCGCGCAGGUCUCAUGGCCCUCAUGCUGCACCAGACAAUUCAACAUGACCCGAUUACCACAGACCUGAGGACCAGCAAGGACAGAUAAGAGUGAGCAGUUGAUUUCUGCUGAAGUCCCAUCAGUUUUGUGAAGAUAUAUCCUAGCAGUUGUUUGUUUAAUGAAAGCAUAAAACAUGUGCUACUCUCAUUAUGUUUGUGUAUUGCAAUCCUUUGACCCUUACCUCCACUCUUUGAAUGGUGCUGUAACAACAUUAAAUUGCUGUGCUUAAAUUUUUUUAGAUUUUUAAUAUAAUCUCAUAACGAUGUGUUUGUCUAGUUCAUUAAAAAGGUAAACUAUGAAACCGAAGCAAGAUUAAAAAAUAUUAUUGAGUGCUUUGUGAAAUGUCUGUUAUUGUAUGACGAGCUCAUUUCUGGUGCCUCUUCAGGACACAAAGGAAUUGUAAUUGAGCGCUCUCCAGCGGUUUAC